AUGGCUCCGCCUGCUCGCCUUAAUCGGCUCCAAAUGGAGCAAGUUAGGAAUAUUGUCGCUGAGGAAUUCAAUAACGCUUUCAAUGAAUUAAUCCCGGGCGUGACCAAUGACAUAAUCAACCAGGUCAAAGCUCUUCUGGAUGAGCGCCUCGCAGCUAUUCCCGGGGGAGCGUUAUCGGCUCCGCCCGUUCGGGAUUCGGCAUACUACUUUGAGAAGUUCAACAAGUGUAGCCCUCCUCUUUGGAAUGGUGAAUCCGACCCAGUUGCUGCUAAGCAUUGGGUGUCAGAUGUUGAGGGCGCCUUCAUGACUGUUGGGUGUCCGGAUCAGUACAAAGUUGUAAUCGCCAUGAAUCAGCUGCGAAAAAGGGGAAAGACAUGGUGGAACACCAUCACCGCUCUAUUAAACGAGGAAGAAGUGAGGGCCAUGUCUUGGGCCCAAUUUGUGGAGAGGUUCGAGGCACAAUAUGUGCCCAAGGUGGAGCAGCAACGGAUGCAGCAAGAGUUCAUGGCCUUACAGCAAACUACCGAGUCUGUUAGCGACUUGAACGCCAAGUUCUUGGAGAUGCUAUCUUUUUGUCCCUCAUUUGCUGGGAAUGAGGCCUGGUUGGUCAGCCAAUACACUACCAUUCUACGUACCGAGAUUCGGGAAUUCGUUAGCAUGCAGGAGUUCCCGACUUUAUCCGCGAUCAUGGAUGCAGCGAGGAGGAGGGAAAUCGAGUUGCAGACCCAGACCAAGAGGAAGGCCAAUGACACCUCCUCCAAGACAUCCGGAGAUGCCCAGAAAAAGCAAAAGCAGGGUGGUAAGUCAAGGUAUGAGUACAGGCCGUCUUCAAGUCAGGGCGAGAAAAAUCCGUUGAUAUGCUACAACUGUAAAAAGCCAGGGCAUCAUUGGAAGAAUUGUAGGGCUCCCCCUGCGAGUGCAGUUCCUCAGAUUACUUCUGCUGCUCCCGUCUGCUAUCACUGCAACGAGACGGGACACAAGAAGCCCGAAUGUCCGAAGUUGAAGGCUGGUAAAGGAAGCGGGGGUACAAAUCCUGCAAUUGCAUCGUCUUCUAGGGGACCCACUAUGGUGACACGAGGUCGUGCCCACCAGAUGACUGCGGAUGAGCCGGUGAUUACCGCGACAGUGGCAGGCACUUAUUUGCUAGAUUCCGAGCCUGCUGUUGUUAUGUUUGAUAGCGGUGCUACCCAUUCUUUUGUAUCUCGCACGUUUAUUAAUCGUCUGGGGUGUAGUAUCGGAAAAUUGGCUCGCCCAAUGGUUGUCGAAGUUGCCGACAACCGCGCUAUUUAUGUCACCGAUGUCUAUCGGGGUUGCACUCUCGAGUUUUCUGGAGUUGAAUUCCCUAUCGAUCUUAUCCCUAUUGCGAUGCGAGAGCUCUGCGUUAUCGUAGGCAUGGAUUGGCUUGAUGCGUUUGAUGCGGAAAUCCACUGUCGUAAGAAGCAAGUUCGUGUUCGAAACCCUAGAGGUGGAGAACUUAUUAUUCAGGGGGACAUUCCCCGCCUGGCUAUGGCUUCUUGCUCUUCUGCUAUAGCACUAGACGACGUUCCUAUCGUUUCCGACUUCAGCGACGUCUUUCCGGAGGAACUCCCUGGCUUGCCACCUGUUCAGCAAGUGGAAUGUCAAGUCAAGACAAUAAUGGUCUUCCUCUACCUUCUUGAAGAUGAUCUUCCACAUUCUGAUCAAGGCGAAAGUAUAUUCCCUUCUUUGAACAAUGACGGAAAUGGAUAUCAUGCUUCUCCAACUCUUCGUCCUCCUCAUUCAAUGACUCUCCCUAUGUCACGAGUUAAAAUAUACGAAACUACUCAAGCCCUAUUGAGCAAAAGUGAAGCAAAAGUGUUUGAAGGAUCAAACUCUGAAGUUUCCAUGGACAUUGACAAAGGUGGCAAUGGUGAUCCAGAAAACAUUUCUCUUCUCAAUGGAAAGGGAUCGGCCAACGUCCAACUAUUUGAUUGUAUGGUAAAGAGAAAGGCUAGUUAUGAGAUAGUUGCAGGCAAAUUCCCAGUUGCAAAAAUCUGA